AACUUUUUAUACACAAAAAAUUUGACACAUGUCGUGAUUUAUUUAAAUCAAAUUGCGGCUAACAUACGCGAAUGCCCAAAUCAAGACGCUGUGGAGUGAUUUUACCAUUCUGCUGACCGUGUUAGUUGGCAACAAACACAAAAUGGAAGUGGACGAAGUGCAACAGGAGACAACGGAAAACGCACCGCCAAAUCCUAAUGCACACAUUAUAACUGAACGAAAUGCGAACAUCAUAUCGGGCGGUAAUGUCUUCUAUAAUCCCGUGCAAGAGUUCAAUCGCGAUUUGAGUAUCGCGGUGCUAAAUGUAUACUUUCAACGCUUGGUGAAAGAGCGUGCUGAGAAAGCGCUCAAGCAACAGCAACAAAAACAGAAGCGACAACAACAACAACAAACCAGCGGGAAUGAAGAAGACCAGGAGACAGAGACAGCGUCAGCGCUGCCACCUAGUUAUGCUGCCGGCACAAAGUACGACGAUGGAUUGCGUAUUUUGGAGGCACUUGCCGCAACUGGUCUGAGGAGCGUCAGAUACGCCCAGGAGAUUGCCGGAGUGCGUCAAAUCAUUGCCAACGAUUUGUCCAAGCAGGCGGUGGAGUCCAUCGACACCAAUGUGCGUCACAAUGGAGUGCAACACCUCAUAGAGGCAAGUCAUGCGGAUGCCAUGACCCUUAUGUAUCUGUCGACUACGCCGGAGAAGCGCUUUGAUGCCGUGGACCUGGAUCCGUACGGCUGUCCGAACCGGUUCCUGGACGGCGCGAUGCAGUGCCUCGUGGAUGGGGGACUGCUGCUGGUGACUGCCACGGAUAUGGCCGUGCUGGCUGGCAAUGCGCCGGAGGCGUGUUACGUGAAAUACGGAUCGGUGCCACUGCGCAUGAAGUGCUGUCACGAGAUGGCACUCCGGAUCCUGCUGCACUGCAUCGAGGGACACGCCAAUCGACACGGCAAAUACAUUGAGCCACUGUUGAGCAUCUCGGCGGACUUCUAUGUGCGCAUCUUUGUGCGCGUGUUUUCUGGCCAGGCACAGUGCAAGUACAGCAUGAGCAAGCAGUCCUGGAUCUAUCAGUGCACCGGAUGCGAGACGUUCACACUGCAACCUUUGGGCACAGUGCGUGUCAAGUCGCCGGAGCAGCCGCAUCUGGUCAAGUUCGGCAUUCCCACGGGUCCUGCUGUGAAUUCCCAGUGCGAGCACUGCAAUCAUCGCCAUCAUCUGGGCGGUCCCAUCUGGUCAGCUCCCAUACACAACAAGGAGUUUGUCCAUGAUCUGCUGGAGGCGGUGCAGGCCACGCCCCUCAAUCAGCUGGGCACCCAACGGCGCAUUGUCGGCGUCCUCUCCAUGGUGCAGGAGGAGCUGCCGGAUGUGCCUCUCUACUAUACGCCGGACAAGCUGUGCUGCGUCCUCAAGUUGGAGAUUGUGCCCAUGCUAAGGAUGCGCUCCGCCUUGUUGCAUGCCGGCUAUCGUGUCUCCUAUUCGCACGCCAGCAAGAAUUCCCUCAAGACGGAUGCUCCUCCGGCCGUGCUCUGGGAUCUAUUGCGCUGCUGGAGCAAACGGCAUCCGGUGCGAGAGGAUCGCAAGAUUCCGGGCACACCAUUGCAGGCCAUUCUUUCGAGGGAUUGCAGUCAGGACUACGAGUUCGAUGAACUGCAUGUGGAUGCCAAUCCGAGCAGCAGGAAAAAGGCCUUGUCUCGAUUCCAGGAGAAUCCGACACCGCACUGGGGACCCGGCACAAGAGCCACCAUCAUGAUCGGCGACAACAAAUUGCCCAAGAGUUAUCGUAACCAAAACAAAAAGCAACGUCAUAAAGCGGCACAACAGACGCCAACUGACCAGGAUCAGCCAGAGGAGCAGGUGGGACAACAGGAGGAACAGAAGGAGGUGACCCGGAAGCAUCAGCUGUCCAGCACCAACCGCAAGAAGCCCAAGCUAGCGCCGACUGCGUGACCAGCUUUAUGUUGUCGCUCUGUCAAUUUUUAUUGCAAUUUGUCCAAUAAUUAUGUAAAGUUGAAACAAUU